GUUAAUUUUGUUUUGAAUUUCAUGAUUAUUAGAAAUGAAUAUAAAUAGCUUUCGAUGAAUUGCAUUUAUUUAGAUUCAAACGCAAUCAAUGUUCUGUUGUAUUAUGAAAACACCGCAUUCUUUAAUUCUGGUUUAGAUAGAUACAAAUAAUAACUGAACCAAGCUUAUAGAUUUUCUACUACAGGCAUUGUUUCGACUAGAAAAUGACUAUCUUUGAUGACAACAAUCAAGAAGACGUAUUGAGUAACAUCAACGUUUUACCUGAUGAAUUGUUGUUGGAUAUUUUCAAAUGUCUACCUCUGGAGACAUUACUUUCAUGUGAAAAUGUGUGUAAACGUUGGAACAAGCUGGCUCAAGAUCCCUCUGUGUGGAAGCGUAUUGUGUUAAUAUAUUCUGGAAAGCCUGGUCAAAGUGAAAUAAGUGAGAAAAAUCUUGAUAUUAUAACUUCACAUUGCGAGUACAUCUUGUGUUUAAAGAUCCAAUAUGUUUAUGACUAUUCAGUUAUAAAAUCCUUAAUAGAUCAAUGUAGUAAUUUAUUAAGUCUUGAACUAGUAAUGUGUCGCGUUGGUAAAGAAUUUGAACAUGACAUAUUAAAAUGGCCAAAACUAAGAAAAUUCAGUUUAAAAAAUUCCAUUUUACUCAUGAAUAAUUUAGAUUUAUUAAUACGAUUUGAUAAGUUUAAGGAGUUAAAUUAUAUAGCACUUUCUGAAUUUGGUUUAAAUUCUGACAAUUGUAACACCUUACUGCAGUGUAGUCAUUUGAGUAAUAUUUUUAUUGAAAAGAUUAAAGAUUUGGAUUUAGAGUUUAUAAAGCUAUUAAUAUUGUCAAGGCAGAGAUUAUUGAAGACCUUGCACAUAUAUGGUGGAAAUUCUGUUGACAACACUGUUUUGCAAUUGUUAUCUCAGUGUCCACAAUUAAAGGACUUAGCCAUAAUAAGAUGUGAAAGUUUAUCAGACGAAGGUUUAAUCUCCUUAACAUCUUUGAAAAAAAUUGAUCAUUUACAGAUUUGGAAUAACAUAAAUUUUUCUGAAUUGUGUCUCCUUAAGACUUUAGGUAGUCCAGCAUUAUUAACUUUAAAAAGUUUAAGUUUAUCUAGAAUACAAAAUGUUACACCAGUUAUUGUUGAUCUUAUAUCUGAAUAUUAUAAAAACCUUAAAUUCCUAGCUUUGUAUCAGUGCCCUAGAAUUAUAAAUACAGACUAUGAAAGACAGCUGAAGUCCAAAUUUAGAAAUAUUGAUGUAGUUCUUUUUUGAAGUAAUAUAUUUUCUCUGUUAGGUGUUAAUAAAAGACCUUAUAAAAUCCACAAACUAAGUAUAUUCACAUAAAUAAUGGCAUUUUCAUAAAUCAGAAAGGGACAACUAAAAACAAAGUCAUUAUUAACUAACAUACUAUGCUUUAAGUUUUGAUUGUGCUAAACAAAUGGGCCCUAUUUCAUAUGGCAUUACAAUCUUGAACACUACAAAAAAACAGCAGUAUGUGAUAUAAAAUUAUCAUUUAUUUGUGUUCUAUCACAAAAUGCAUUCAACUCAUAACUACAAUUUCAAUGUUGAGAUGAUUAGUGCCCUUUACAAUCAUUAAAUAUUAAACUAGUUGUACUAAAAUUAAACAGAAUUUUAUAUGUAACUUCAAGCCGUAGCAUUAGUUUCUGGUGAUAUGAAUUAUAAGAUUUGAUUAGAACCAACAAAUGUGGCAUUGGUAGGGCAACAUAUAGUAACAUAUGUGUUGCACUUGCACCCUGGUAUAAUGGUUAAUGUGACGUGUCAUUAAAAUAUGAGUCACCCAUUUUAAAUAAUCAUAAUUGGGGGCCAAAAUUGCAUGUGGAUAUGUCUAGGGUUCCAUAACCAAUUAUAGAGGAACCCAUUAAAUUAUGUUUGUGAUCGUCUGCCCCGGUCUGUUGGUUAGGACACAGAUCACACACUAUGAAGAGUGUACUAUAACCAACCAAGCAACAACAUAUUAUAUUUUCAUAAGUAAGAGUGCCCUAGUCGACAAACUUUGGUUCUAAUACCAAAAAGGAGUGUUUUCUGUAGAGUAUAAAGAUGUAGUCACGAAAAACCAGCCGACUUUGGUCGCCGCCGGGCUGUGUCGGCGAGACGGCAGGUUAGGUGAGAAAACUUCUUUAGAAUUACUAAAAUAAAACUUAAAAUUGCCACAUAUUUCACAAAAAAGUAUUUAAAACGUUAAUAGCUUUGUUCCUGUAAAUAGUUGGUAGAUAUUAAUCUACCAACACACUUUAAUGGAUAUAUUGUAAUAAAAAAAAACAGUUUUAUCAUGUUUAUUUCUAGAAAACUCUACUGAUAAACUUGCAAAAAAAUAUCAAUAGUAUAAUAUAUAUCAUGUUGCUUUAUUGAGCCAGCACUUAAGAUAAAAUGUUGUUAAAAAUGUGAUGUAAACUACAUGUAUAAGUGUUAUUUAAUAUUACCUAAAUAAGUUAUAAAAUGUUGAAGUACAUUGUGAAUGUGUAUGAAGAAAAUUCUUUAAAGAAGUUGUUGUAAUAUAAAAAUAUUCACAGACACCCUAUUGUAUAUUUUUCAAGCUUAUCACAGAAACACCAAUAUAAAAUAAUAAUUUUGUAAAACGAAUAAUUAUUAGUAAAGUACUUUACCUUAGUGGUGCUUGGGGUAAGCCUGCCUGCGCUAACAUCACAUGAUGACAUAAAAUUGUGUUAAACUUGUUUCUCUACUAAAGUAUGUCUUAAUACUUAACAAUAUUUGUUGUAAUUAUAAAAAUGCCACAAAGUAGCAAAAUCCUCAUAUAAAGAAUGAAUUUACCUAUACAUAGGAAAAAUGUAUACAUUCAUCGAUUCCUUUAUAUUUUAUAUUUUUAUGGCUAGUCCUUAAUCUUUUUUUAAAUGUACUGGUUUUUAUGUUUAAGCUAUUAUACUUUUUCCUAAUUUUCAAUAUAUGUACAAUCUCUCACCUUUUUGGUUUUCUGCAGGAACAAUAAAUUUAAACCAUUUCUAAAUUAUUAAAAUUGUUACUACCUCUAAAAUAUUUACAAUUCCUAAAAUAUUAUAUUAUAGUCUACAGUAAUUAUUAAUAUAAAGGUGUAAAAACAAUCAUUGUUUGCUACAAAAUUAGAAUAAUUUUAUGGAAAUUGUUGAUGUAUUUUAAAUUCAUAUGUCAUUCACAAUAACUAUAAUUGACUAAUGAAUGUAGAAUUUAUAAGAAUAAAUCUGAUAUAAUUUGUGUUUGUGUUUACAAUUUCAUUUAUAACCCACAGGGAUGGUGAAUUUCAAUUUUAAUAUUCCCUGUAUAUAAAUAAAUAGAACUUGAUUCACAAUCUGGUUACUGAGGCGGUGCAUGACAUGUUAGUAAGAAAAUAUAUAUAUAUAUAUAUAUUUUAUUUUAUUUUAAGCGAACAUUAAAAUGAAUAUUAAAUUUUUCCAGAAAUUAUUUCUGCCUGAAUUAUUUAGUUUAAGGCUGCAAUCUAAAUAACCUUAAUACAGUAAGGCUGAAAUGUUUCAAAAAAGUUGACUUAAGUAAUGAUUUAGUUUUGGUUUAGAUAAAAACGUUUAUUAUAAAUAAUACCUCUAUAACAAUGCCGUUUCACGUAACAAGACCUUCCAUAAUUAAUGCUAAAUAUGAAACGUAAAAAUAUUUUUACAUAUUGGGUUGGCAGUUUCAGAUAUUAGCGCGAUAUAACAUACAAACCAACAUAACAGUUGUGUUUAAUUUAAAAUCCAUAGCUUGUCUCUAAUUUACAGAAGUAAUAACUUUUAAUAUUGAAAAAAAAAAAAACCUAUGGAACAAUAUCAUAUGCACAAAGUGUCACUAUAUUG